AUGUUUAACAACACAGACAAUUCAUACGUUACUACGUGUUUUAAAUACCCUAGAUACUUAUGUCACCUACCCUUCGUUGUAAACAGAUUUCUAGGCAUACCCUACGCUCAGCCGCCGGUCAAGAACUUGCGCUUCAAAAAGCCGUUACCCAUCGAAGAGCCGCCGAAGAUAGUGGACGCCACCGAAUGGACGCCCGCCUGUUAUCAGAACGAACUCUUCAAAGAGAUACUCAUUAAUAAGACGGUCAGCGAAGACUGUCUGCAUCUGAACGUGUGGUCACCGAAGACAGACACCGAACGCCAGUACGAAGAGGAAGCGUUACGGCCGGUGCUCUUCUGGAUCCACGGCGGGGCCUAUAUAUCCGAUUCGGCCAGUCGUCAGAUAUACGACGCCCAGUGGUUGGCCGCCAAGUCUGACGCCGUUGUCGUGACAAUCAAUUAUCGUUUGGAUAUCUUCGGCUUUCUCUAUACGGGAACCGAUGACGCGCCCGGAAACGUCGGUCUUUGGGAUCAGGCGCUGGCCCUCGAGUGGGUGAUCGACAACAUCGCGUACUUCGGCGGCGAUCCCAAGAAGAUCACAAUUGUGGGCGAAAACGCCGGCGCCUUCUCUGUGGGCGUUCAUCUAUUGUCUCCCAUCAGUCGAAAUCUUUUCCAAAACGCUGUCCUCAUCUCCGGUUCGGCCAUAAACUACAUCAUCGGCGAGAAGCCAGAAGUGGCCAAAAAGAAGUGGCUGUUGGCGGCCAAUGAACUCGCUUGCGGUGACGGCAAAGAGUUUGAUGACGAGGCCAUGGAAUGCCUUCGCAACAGAGAAGCCUCUGAAUUGAGUAAAACUCUUCUCAAAUUGUCUCAAACGGCAAAAACAAAGAACAAAGAGUUCGACGAAAUCACACCACAAAUGGUGUUCGGCGACCAAUUCCUGCCCGAAGAGCCGCUGAAGAUGAUCGCCGACGGAAACUAUAAGCGAUCGGUGAGUGUAUUGAUCGGCCACACGGACGACGAGGGCGGGUAUAUGUUGCCAAUGGUUGAUAUGGAGAAGUAUUCGACAUUACGAAAGGCGAGGCUUUUGACGACCUGA